AUGGUGCAGCACGGUCACUAUGGCAUAGACCGGGACAGGAUGGCCUUUGUGACACGUGCUGACAUAGGAGCUGGCAGUGACCAGAGCACGCCACUCUGCUCGGAGCAGGCGACCGGAGAGGACGGGACAGAGCGGUGCCGUGAGGAGCCACGUGCAGCGCCCUUGUUCAUUGCUGACCUGGAGUUUUUCCUUGACCUGACAUUUGCAGAUGCAGGGAAGAAGCAGGACCGCACUCAUGGUGGCUUCAGCAAGACCGUGAAGAAGUUCUUUUCGUGUGGAAAGACUACAGAUACGGAGAAUGCAGACAAAUUUGGCUACAGGCCAACUGAUGUUAGCACAGCAUCAAUUGAAUGUGCAGAAAUGAGUAAUUACGUAGUGAAGGCUGACCAGGUGCCAGAAAUGGUGAGGAUUAUGCACCAGAGACUUCAGUCCCCUGUGACUGCCAAUGUCAGGCUAUUCAUGAACAUCCUGAGGAUGGCAGAAGAACACCCUGCUGACGUGGUGCUGACCCUCCUGCGCUGUGCCCCAACGUGUGACAGUUGCUGGGCUGAAACCUGGGCUAGGGGCAGGCUCAGGGGGCACCAGGCCCGCUGCUCCCCCUGUGCCGGCUCUUGGGCCCUGCCCCAUGGACACCUCGGCACUGAGCGCUGCCUUGGGCUGCUUCUUUUGCAGGCAACUCUGGUGCUCUGGGUGAUUGUCCAGGUGCCCAAGUGCCAUGAGGCAAUGAACACUUUUGCUCCCCAACUGCUCGUGGCUCUGGUAGUUCAAAUUUGCGACAGCACAGCGAAUACUUCUGAGGAGGUCGAUGCCUUUUGGAAGCAAUGCCAGGAAGAACACCACCUUAACACAAACCCCAGCAGGUUUGCAGUGCAGACUAUGAAGGCUCUGUUCUGCCGGCUGCAGUGUGACCAUGUGGUCAUGAAAAUGGGACGCAAGCAUGGCUGGGACACACUGUUGUGUGCUGACACCCAGCACUAUGCUGUGGGUCUGCUGGCCAGGGAGAUGCGCUGUGACUUGAUCCCCUUGUGUUCUCGCAUUGCACUCCACCUGCUUGGGCUGCUCAGAACAGAAGGGCAUCGCUGCGAUCUGCCCUUCCUGGCAUUCCUGGUGGAGGUCCUCGGGUGCCUGGACUUGAGUGAAUGCGGUGGCAGCAUUCUGGAGAUGAUGUCAAGGUACCUGCAGAGUGAGUGCAGGGAGCGGCGUCGCCUGGCGCUCCGAGGCCUCAUGGUGCUCACCAAGGAUCCCUCGAUGGCCAGAAGAAUAGGCAUCCUGUCUCAACUGCUUGUGGAUGUUCUGCGCGAUGCAGAUGGAGAGGUGGUCAGCAUGUCCCUCUCUGUCUUCAUGAAUGUUCUCCAGAACAAGGAUAUCUUGAUAUCCAGCACUACUGCCCCAAAGCUAGCUGAGGCACUCCUAGAACUCUUUGACCAUGACAGCAGCCAUGUGCAGCUGCUCUCCAUUCAACUUUUCGAAAAGGUGAUGGACUUCAUAGUGGAUGAGGGGAAAAAGCCCCUGAAGAGAAUUGUGAACCAGAGCCUGCUCCCGCUCUUCUUGCACUGCCACGAGGACAACCAGCGUGUGGCGAAGGCUUCUCGGGAAACGCUGCUUUGUGCUGCUGGGUUCCUGAAGAAGAAGGGUAUGAAGCAGAUGGUAAAGAAGGAGCAGCUGUCAAAGUUCGCCAACUGCCUGCUGGCAGAGGACAGCAGCAGCGUGGCCGAGCUCCUGCGCCGGGCCCUGCCCUACCUGCAGAGCCCACAGGAGCCCCUGCGAGAGGCGGCCGUCAGGUUCAUAGGGACGGCCGGGCGCUACCUGAAGGGACAGCCAGCAGAGCUUCAUGUUCUCACUCAGGGAACCUAUAGUGACUUCUACUGUGAAUGCUAA